ACUCAUCCAAAUAACAAAUCAGGAAGAGAUCUCGAUCGGCUGAUUCGGCUCGGCCUGGCCAGUAGCUCGACUACUACCGGAGAACAAGUUCUAGCUUCCUCCAUGGCUACUAAGAUUCUGCCAGCCGUCGAAACCACCACGCCGGUGGAGCGGGAGAUGGAGAAGGAAGCACCUUCGAAGCUCCCCAUCAAGAGCAUCCCCGGGAGCUACGGCAUCCCCUUCAUCUCCCCGAUACGGGACCGCCUCGACUUUUACUACUUCCAGGGCCAGGACGCUUACUUCCAAUCCCGGGUCGACAAGUACGGCUCCACUGUCGUCCGCCUCAACGUGCCUCCGGGCCCCUUCAUGGCCUCCGACCCCAAAGUCGUGGCCGUCCUCGACGCCAAGAGCUUCCAGGUCCUCUUCGACGUGUCCAAGGUCGAGAAGAAGAACGUCUUCACGGGGACCUACAUGCCCUCCACCGCCCUCACCGGCGGCUUCCGCGUCUGCUCCUACCUCGAUCCCUCCGAGCCCAACCACGCCAAGGUCAAGCAGCUCCUCUUCAACCUCCUGGCCUCCCGCAAGUCCCAUGUCAUCCCGGCCUUCCGCACCAACUUCGCCACCCUCUUCGAAACCAUGGAGGCCCAGAUCGACGCCUACGGCAAGGCCGACUUCAACAAGCUCAACGAUGACACCUCCUUCGAGUUCAUCGGCGAGGCCUACUUCGGCGUCCUGCCCUCCGCCUCCGGCCUCGGCACCACGGGCCCCGCCAAGGCCACCAAGUGGCUCCUCUUCCAGCUCGCCCCUCUCACGUCCGUCGGCCUCCCCAAGAUCGUCGAGGAAGUCUUCCUCCACACCUUUCCCCUGCCCCCUUGCCUCGCCAAAUCCGACUACAAGGCCCUCUAUGAGUACUUCAGCACCGCCGCCAAGCCGGUGCUCGACGCCGCCGUGACGCUCGGGCUGUCCAAGGGGGAGGCAUGCCACAACCUCCUCUUCGCCACCGUGUUCAACAGCUACGGCGGCAUGAAGGUGAUGCUCCCGGGGAUACUCCGGUGGCUGGCCACAGCCGAUCCCAGUCUCCACGCCCGGCUGGCCCAGGAGAUCCGGUCGGCUGUGGCGGCAGCGGGAGGGAAGGUGACGCUGUCGGCAGUGGAGGAGAUGGAGCUGACGAAGUCGGUGGUGUACGAGGCCCUGAGGAUGGACCCGCCCGUGAAGUUCCAGUACGGCAAGGCCAAGAAGGACCUGAUCAUCGAGAGCCACGAUGCGGCCUACCAGGUGAAGAGGGGGGAGAUGCUCUUCGGGUACCAGCCCCUGGCGACGAGGGACGAGAGGGUAUUCGCCAACGCCGGGGAGUUCGUGGCGGACCGGUUCGUCGGGAAGGAGGGGAAGAAGCUUCUCAAGUAUGUGGUGUGGUCCAAUGGGCCGGAGACGGAGAGCACGUCGGUGUGGAACAAGCAGUGCGCGGGGAAGGACCUGGUGGUGCUGGUGGGGCGGCUAAUGCUGGUGGAGCUCUUCCUCCGCUACGAUACCUUCACGGCGGAGGUCGGGACGCAGCUGCUGGGGAUCCAGGUCAAUUUCACCUCCUUGACCAAAAGUAGCCCUACUUCCUAAGUUACCAAUCCUGGAUUCUCUUCCUAUGCGUGCGCGCUCUUCUCUCUUAUUUAUCCAUGCCAGUUAAAUAAAGUCAAAAUCCGACUCAAUGAGAUGUUCGAGGUGUUUUUGUGUUUUUUUUUUUUUUAGUACCUAUGUAUUGUCGUCCAAACCGAACCUGGUGGAGCUUGCAAACUAGAGGACGUCCGCUGGUAUGAUGCUUGAGUUAGGCUGAGCUUUGACGAAAUAGUAUCAAAAAGAAGAUUUGAAGUAUAAGCUGGGAAAUGAGGCAUGUAGUCAGAUUACUUUGAUAAGUUGCAUCCGUGCUCUUUUGACUUGGCAGGAUGUAUUCAAGUUAGAGCUAGACAAAAUACCGUUAUGAGGGCGGAUUUCGUUACACUCUGGCAUUGAGAUCAGUGGACGAGCUGUAACCGUCCACUCUUAUCUGCGUUCCUUGACAGCAGGAAGCUGUAACCGCGUCUCAUGAUCUAACAAGGUGGCUGGUGGAUUCCCCCUUGUAACUUGCCUUUCAUUUUCAAGGCCGAGCUAAUUUCCCCGACUCAGACAAAGUAGCCGAAUUGUCCAAUUAUGAGCUGAUUUGAGAAGAAUUAAGUCAGAUCGUGCGGUUUGACCAAGAAGACCCUCGAUGCGGGCAUUAAAUUUUCGGUUGGAAGUUCCUGAAUGGAGCACUACAGCCUUCUGCAUUCCCAAAAUGCCUUGUAAAUGCUCUAUGGUUGAUGUUGGCAUGACAUGUGUUAGCUUUCCAGGUUGGGAAAUCGAUUAAGGUUGUAGAUCUAAGCCGUUCAGGGUUCUAUGCAAUGGGCCGGUGUAGGUCUUAGCACCUUCGCCUCAUUUGGAGAGUUCUAGAGUCUUUGUUCAGGUCGCUCAAUAGCUCGAUUGCUUUGUAUCUUGGUCGCUUUGUAGCUGCUUGCUGUUGACUUUUCCAGCUUUGUUCCUU